GAGUUGUGCCUUGAUUCUGGAUGAUCCACAUGGUUCGUUGUUGUUUUUUAAAUCACCCCCUUUGUAGUUUAAUGGGCAUUCCCAUUGCUUUUUGUGCCUCUCUCUAAAAAGCAUUGACGUGGAAAGAAGAAGCAGCAGGGGGGUGGAGGGACUGCAGCUCUUCUAAAAAUACGGAGGGCAUGCAGGAGUGCGAGCAAGCUGGGGAGGAGGAGGAGGGUGUGAGAGUGCCUCACACCAUGUUUUCUGGAUGCCAGCUGGGUGCAGUUUUGGAAAUGUUCCUCCUGUGAAUGGAGGCACCAUGAACAUUUGGGAAGUGAUCCUGGCUUUCUUGAUUGUGGUGCUCAUCCUUGUAUCGUUGCUGUCCAAUGUGUUGGUGCUGAUCUGCUUUCUGUAUAGCGCUGAUAUCCGCAAGCAAGUCCCCGGAUUGUUUAUCCUCAACCUGACCUUCUGCAACUUGUUGAUGACUGCUUUGAACAUGCCUCUCACUCUGGCUGGGAUCAUUUACAAGAAACCACCUGGAGGAGAACAGCUUUGCCACAUAGUGGGGUUUUUAGAGACUUUCUUGACUACCAACUCCAUGCUGAGCAUGGCAGCUCUCAGCAUUGACCGGUGGAUAGCAGUGGUAUUUCCUCUAAACUACCAUUCCAAGAUGCGUUACAAAGAUGCUGCCCUCAUCCUCAGCUACACGUGGUUACACUCAGUAUCUUUCCCCAUUGUGGCAACUUCUCUUUCUUGGGUAGGGUUCCACCACCUUUAUGCCUCUUGCACCCUGUACAACAAGAAACUGGAGGAGAGGACCCAGUUUAUGAUUUUCACAGGGAUCUUUCAUUCCUUUAGCUUUCUGCUCUCUCUCAUAGUCUUGUGCUUCACAUAUCUGAAAGUGCUGAAGGUGGCACGCUUUCACUGUAAAAGGAUUGACGUGAUUACUAUGCAGACCCUUGUGCUUCUUGUGGACAUCCAUCCCAGGAGUCCAUGCUCCAUUCCCAAACGCAAGAUCCACUUUGAUUUAUCCUAUGCUUAUCCUUUCAAGAGCUUCUUGUCAGCUUGCAAACCAAGAAUUCUGUAUCCCUGGCUUGCCAGCUUUCUCUGCGGAUUACUAGAAUUGUCAUCAAUAGUUCCUAUCAAUGCUCACUGGGGAGUUAUUUCUAAGUGCUUGGCCUAUAGUAAAGCUGUUUCAGAUCCCUUUGUGUAUUCUUUGUUACGACACCAGUACAAGAAAACGUGGAAAGACAUAAUAAAUAAGAUGUUGAAAAGAGGCUCAAUAAAUUCAUCAGCUCUCACAAGUGAAUCACAAAGUCGACAUUUUUUGCAAGGGAACGAAUGAAGAGGCAAGAACUAUUUUUGAAAAUGUAGCAUAAAGCUGAUGGACAAGCUGAGGAAUGAUAGGCAGGAAUCAUCAGCUGACAAUAUUUUGGAAAGCCUGCCUGUUAAGUGUUCAGCAAUUUAGGUAAUUAAUUUGAAAUCAAAGUUGGAUGCCUUUUAAUUCUGAUAUACAAUAUAGCCUACUACAAGAUCUCCUUCAGUUCCAUGAAAUAUGUCCAUUCAUAUCCACAAAGACAUAAGCUUGUCUUUAUUUAAACGUGGAUUUGGUAUGAAUUAUAGUAAGGGAUGGCGAUUACAUACCUACCAACAUAAAAACACUGGACAACCUUGUGACACUUUUAUUAUGUGACGGCAAAUUGACACCUGCUAAAAUGUGAUUACAUAAACUACAUGAUCUAUUCUAAAUAUACAUGACUAUUCUUCCUAAGAUAUGGCUAUAUGAGGUCAUACUUAAUUGCACAUAAACCUGUUGGGUGGGAAUCAGAGUAUCUCUUCUAUAGAUCCUUAGUGUGAGGUACUGCUUUUGUUAUGUGCAAACACAAGAAAGGUAUUAUUAUUGGGCAAGGACCCUGCUCAUAUUUUUAAAGCGAUGCUAAUGCCCCUUACACACUAAAGCAUUUUCACACAUCAAAAGGGGGAUAUCAUGCGAAUUUCAAGUAUUAACUACACUGCUUCAUUAUUUUCAGUUAAAACUAUAGAAGCUUUCAUGGUCCACCAUCUCAGUGGUUGUGAAGAACCACCAUUGUAUGAGAUAAUAUAUUCUGCAAUCUGCAUGUGUCCAUUGGAGGACAGGUGUAAUCUUUUCCUUCUGGUCUUUCUCAAUUGUGUGCUACACUGACAUCCCACAAGAGAGGAAGCUGUGUCACAUUUCACCUAAAUUGUUUCCAUAUUGCUAUGGUUUUCUGACUGUGAAAAAAAAAUAUACCUGAAGUGUUUUGCAUUAAUGUGAGUCUGCACAUUACACUGGCUAAAUACAGGCUGCUGGCAGUCUAGAAUGUAAUCUUCUUCACAAUGGGAGUCAUUGUGAACAUUGUGUUCUAUCUGGUCCUGAAGCCCUGAUUGACAGCUUCAAGAGGUGUGUAUAAAGAAAUGUUGUACAGGACUCCUUUGUCAGUGCUCAGAACUGGAUCAAAAUGUUUGCACAGGUUCGACACAGACGCUUCUAUGAGCUCACUGUAUUUGUUUAUGAAAGUAUUUAUGUUGAAAACAAUGUAUGAAAAAAAAAACAUGUUUAAGUUUGAAUCUACCAUCAAGUGAAUUGGAACAAUGUUAGACAUUUCUUUCCAGUAACUGGAAUGCUUAAACCAGAAGAAACAUUGGGAAUUUAUUAACACAUUUCGAGAAUAAUAAUAAGAAAACAUUCAAGCUGAGUAAUGUAAAAUGGAAGGAUGUAUUAUUCAGACUUCUGUUUAUUCUUUUCUUUCCUUUUUUGUGAGUUAUGUUGAGAUGUGGAAUUCUACUGAUGCUGAAUCCCCUUCACUUACUGGUAUUUCAUCUGUACCCAGUGUGCUAUUUGUGCGCAUCGAUCCACAUCAAAAAAGCUGGACAAGUUCAUUCUCUUUUUUCUGCACAAAUUUACGAAAUAAAAUUGCCACACCUAAAUAAGACCCUUUCUCACUGUUCUGUACAACUGUAUUUAAAAUUAGCUGCCAUUGUACAAAUAUUCCAGAAUAUGUAAUUCUUAGUUUAAGAUAUAGGAGUUCAGGCUUAGCUUUCUAUUCUGCCUGUUGAUUAUUAUUAUUAUUUUUUUGGUGCAUUGGUAAUUGGGGUUGGAAGGGAGGAAAUGGUUGGAUUUUAGAAUUAUAAUUGCAAGAAAAUUGUCUCUUAGGUAAAAAUAAAAACAAUCUAUUUGGGGGAAUAGAAAGUAUGGAUACAUGUAUACAGGGCAAUGAGAAAUCCAACAGAUAUAGGUAAUGGCAACAGUUUUCUCCCUUCUUUUUUCUUUGUGCCUAUAUGUAUCUAAGAAAGGGAGGGAG